AGUUCGGUGAUGAACGUGCGCACGGAUAAAUUCUAGAAAUUUUGCUGUUUCAACCUUUCAGUUAUCGAAAUGUUACGGAUAUAGUGAAAUAAUACGCCUGCACAUGAUAUUUGAUAUCAGCCGUAUCUUGUCAAAUGAGUGUUCAAGCUUGUCCCAAAAAUAUUUCAAUAUAUAUAUAUAUGCCCAGAUCUGAUAUUCAGUGAAAAUGGUCCACUAACGUAGUACAGUGGUUGCCAUAGAUACAAGAAAUUGUUUCAAUGUUCUGAAUUUGAAGUGUGUGAUCAAUGAACAUUUAAAGUUCGUGUUUAUUUCUUUAAUAUAUCGGAUUGGGCGAGAUAUAAAAAUGUCGAAUGAAUGGGAAGUCUUGCAACAUACUUAAUGAUAUUUAUCUCACUAUCGACCUAAAGGCAAUGAAAAUGCACCUGCUGUGGCUCAUCAGUAGUAUGGGAUUAUCGCUGUUACGCCUACAGCUCACCCAAUGCAAUGAUAUUGAACAGUUGAGGAUUGGCAUAGCGGGAAACCCAAAUGAACACAGCGUAGGAAAUAAUGAUCAAUUGAAUACCAAUUCUGGCAUAAAUAGGAACGAUCUUGCUUUAAUAAAUACUAAUAAUAGUAUGUUGGGGACAAUUUUUAGUGGAGGCGGAACUGCAAACAAAGAUAUAAAUACUGAUAUUAAUUUUGGUGAAGCAAAUACGGGAGUAUCUGUUAACUUUGAAACAGGAUUAGGCGAUCAAGGAAGUAUAAAAGUUGAUAGUGACUUUCCGCUAGCAGCAGUACCAGGACUAGGGCACAACACAGAUUUCAUUUCUACUGGUCAAUUUAGAGGACACAAGCAAAUCAAACCUUAUGGUCAACAAUAUGGCCACGCAUUAGCUGGUUUGACGAAUUUGGGAAUUAUUAUACCAAAAAGCAAAGGAUCUAACCUUGAGGAUUUUGCACGUAAUAGCGGAAGCCGUAAAAUGCAAACUAAAGUUGAUAGUGAAAUCAACUUAAUGGACUCAACGAAUAUAAGUGGAAGUAACGGUGGGCAGAAUACGUACCUGUAA